UAUUUUAGGACUGACACGCAUUGCUCUACCGAACCCUCCCAGCGGUGCCACGGUGCCACACCACCUCCUUAGCGGGUCAGGCUCACUCGGCAAUCGGCUGGCCCCUCAGGUGCCCUAGCUUCCGGGCUGUAAUCCUCCUUCGGGUAUGUGUCCCGCGAUCACGGUUCAUGCGUUUCGAGUUGCGCCGGCUAAGCGAGGGGCCCAGCGUUGCAGCGCUUGCAGUGGGCUGGUGCACACCCCCUCCUCUCUCUCUCGUGCCCUCCUCUCCCUCUCCUUGGGUCCCCCAGGUCCUUCACAAUACACACCCCCCCUCCCCCUUCUUCCCCUCCUUCCUCUAGCUGCCCAACAACGACGCGCACCACAUGAGGAACGAUGAUCAUGGCGCCAGACCACCACCACCCACCGUCGGCGCCGUUUCGCUUCCCGGGGACGGAGAGAGAAGACUGUCAUGGACCUAUAAUAUCGGCACUUAUGACUCUAUACGUCAGGUCGUGCAGGCUCUGUGUAUUGUCAAGUAUCUCUUGUACGAGGAGGAAAUACGGGCGUCGGCCCCCCCCUUCGAGAUUGUACGUCGUCAGCUGCUGGCGCAAGCGAGAGCCAGAACCCCAGGUCGUGAAGGAUACUGGAUACUGUGGUUACGUCUGAGCACUAGUCAACAUGCGGCAUUUCUUCCUGCGCGAUGAUGAAGGUGUGAUGACC